GCAUUUGACUGGUGGCCAGCGGCAUCACGGCCACACUGUCUUUGUCGCUGCUCUUCUUCCUGGUGAAUCGUCUGCGGCAGCGCAAGAUGAGGGCGCGGGAGAAUCGCCAGAACGCGGAGGAUCAGCGCAGCAUCGUCGGCAGCAUAGGCUACAUAGCCGGAAACAUGGGCUACAUGGAGGGCAACCUGAGUGCCAUUGAUUACUCUUAUGGCGGUGCCGCCACCCACUAUCCCCUGUGGAAGCCGCACUUUCCGCGCGGUGAGGCUCCACCUCCAUAUGAGGAGGCUGUGGCUAUCUCCCAAGCGGAAGCUCUAAGUGCCCAGUGCACCGUCAGUCUGCCGGCCAAUUCCCAACGAGCGGUGGCCAGUGUCAGCCAGCAGCAGCAGCAGGCAGUGGCCCAAGCCCAGGCCCAGGCUCAGGCCCAAGCUCAAGCCCAAGCUCAACAGCAACAACAGAUUCAGGCCCAGGUGCAGGCCCACCAACACCUGCAACAGCACACGCUCCAACUGCACACUCAACCGCAGCAGCAUCAUCAGCCCUACAGCCAACAGCUGGUAGCCCAUCCGCAUGCACACUCUGCGGCAUCUGUGAUGCCCCAAUCCAACCAGUACACCCAGAGCACCACCAACCUGAUCAACAUCAACAUCAAUAGUGGUGGGGUAACCACCAUAGCCACUGGGGAGAAUCACCAGCCGCCUUACAGCCUUCAGAGCGAUCACCAACUUAGUUUAGAGCAACAGCAGCAGCAGCAUCUUGUCCAGCCUCCGGUCAGUAGUGGCUCCAUUUGCCUUCAGACCAUGCCCAAGCCGCCGGUCUCCGCCGAGUGCAGCUACAAGAAUUGCCAUCUGAACAUCAGUGCCAGUGUGACCACUGCGGCUGCCAGCUCCAGUUCGGCAGCGUACACGGCCGGAAGAAGAACGACUCCGCGUGGAUCCCAGGAGUUGCUUCAUCAGUUGCCACAGCAGCAACAGCAAUAUCUUACGGUGGCCGAUGUGGAGAUCAACGCAAGUGCCAGUGCCGCUAGCUACCACUCGCUCCCAGCCGGUAGUGGAGAGCUCCUGGCCACACCGACGCACUCCCAGGUGUUGCAACACCACCAACAACAGCAGCAGCAUCAUCUUUUAACGGCCAUCUCCUCGCCGGCCAUGGAGUUGAUGCAGCCUCUGGAGAUAGCCACAAUCUCGGCGACUCCUACCUGCAGUACAGCAGAUUCGGUGACCCAGACGACGCAGAUGCCUAUGCAUGGAACUCUGAAGAACAACCAGCAGCAGCAGCAGAUCAACAAGACACCCUCCAGUUCGAGACGCUAUCACCGCACAAUACCGCGCUAUUUUGCUGUGGCCGAUCCUUUACAGGUGAAGCCCAAGACCAGCAAUAGUGCCCCCUCGACAAGCGAGAAACAGCAGGCCAGUAAGAAACCCAUGUGCCAGUGCCCCAUCCAGCAUGUGCCCAUGUCCUACAUGGGCAGCACGGCCAAUGCAAAUGCCUUCUUGAGCGGAGCCGGCAAGUUGUUCGCCGGUAACUCGAGCAGCAGCAGCACCUCCACGCCAACCUGCUCCUUAUCUCCAGGAGCAGCGGCAGCUGGUGGAGUUCGUCAUGCGGCCACCAUGUCCUACGGACAGCGAGCCAAAUCCUCGACGAAUCUACAACAACAAGCACAGGAUUUGAUCACGGCGGCGGCUUUGGGGGGUGGGACAUUAAGGCGAAGUGGGUGUGGACACGAAUCCAAGAUAACCACCAUUUCCAAGCAGGUGGGCGAUGAGACGCAUCACGCGCAUGCGGGGUCGGGAGGCGGGGUCAAUGUGUCGGCCAUCAUUCCACCGCCCCCGCUGCAGCAUCCCGAAGAGGUUUCCGCCCCACCAAUUGUCCUGGGUCGCGUGCAGAAACGAUCCUCCAGCAGUUCUGCAGAACGGGGCAGAAGCUCUAGUGGAGGUGGCAGUGGAGGACGCAGUGUGUCCAGUGGCGGCGGCGACUCCCUCUCCAGCGCCUACUUGAAUCGAAAGGUUGAUGCCUACUUGAGUUUGACGCAGAAACAGCAGCAACAUUUCUUUAACCAGCAACAGCAGCAGCAGCCAGAUCCAAGCAAUCCGACAUUACCACCGAAACUCUACAAAAGCCUAACGAAUUUAAAGAGCGCCACCGUGGUCAGCACAUCCUCCUCCUCCUGCUCGUCCGGCAGCGGGAACAACAACGCCGUGGCCACCAUUUACACGCUGAGCAAGCCGUCGUCCAGUGGCCAGCGCAAGGAGCAGACGCCCUCGCUGACUCUGCCGCCGGCGAGUCCUGCGGCAGGCUCCGGCGAGAAGUUAGCCAGCAGCAAGAUCAACUCGAGCACCUUCUACCCGCUGGCCAACCACGUGACCUACACCCUGCCCAAACACAUCAGCGGCAAGGUAUCCCUGAACAGCACCAUCAACAGUGUAGUCAGCAAGGUGCCGUCAGUGAUCAGCAUUCCACCGGUGGAGAACAACAACCCGGGCCAGACAGGAGCUCCGGCGAAAAGCACCACACUGCCAAAAAUACUGCGCGUGAAGCGGGACACUGUACAGGGAUCGGGGGGAGGAGGCACUGCCUCGAAUUUGGCCAUUGCCCACUGCCAGAUGCCCACUUACCCGCUGACCCCGAAGUCCACAUCCAGGGGAUCCAGCGGUCGAUCGCCAAGCAAGCAGCUUCCCGUGUGCACCACCUCGAAAAACUGUUUGAAUCCAAAGGAGCACUUUCUGCCGAACGACACCAGCUUGGACGAUGACUAUCUGAGCGAGUGCGAGAACUGCAAGAUAGCACAAAGUGCCAAGUACUAUUUGGAUGCGGAGAUGACCGGUGUCGGAUCCUCGGCCUCGCCCCAGGAGACCAUGACGCUACAGCGUAAGUCGCUGGAGGAGACUAAGGAGGAGCCGCUCGACAGCUACUACCGCAGUUCGCACACCCUGCCCAGCAAUGCCAAAAAGCAUGGCAAGAAUAACAACCGUGAGAAGUGGCAGUUCUCGACAAUUCCCGCUGCCAGCUCAUCGGAUGAGGAUGUCAACGAAUGAGAUUUAAGCCAUUUUCUUUAAGAUGCUCAGUCGCCGGCCAGAAGAGCAUCCUAAAGAAAACGCAGGCUUUAAGAACCACAACCGCCCCGGUAGGCAAAUCAGCUUGAGAAGAGCAAACUUUGGUUCCCAACCAACCAGUUGCUGCUGCAACGAGAAAUAUAUCCUGUAUAUAGACAUAUUAAGCGUACUUUAUCGACCUACAGCUACGUCACUAAAUAUGUGUAGACGGUAACAAAAUGAUUGUUAGUUAUAACCAUGACGAUACUUAACCCAACAGCGGCAUGUAAAUCUGCGUGUUUGUUAUGCACCUGUAUAUCUCUGUAUGUAUGUAAUUGAAUCUGUACUAUACGAUAUGACACGAUAAGCUAAGCGAGUUAGGCCGGGCAAAAAAUCAAUUAUAAUCAAUGAAUAUGGGGAUAUUAGCAAAAGUGUUGAAUACUUAGAAUAAGUGAAAUUGAUCAUUAAGAUGUCAAACCCUACUGCCAUCUGCCAUUUUGCCAACGUUAACUGUCAAUAAUUGUGUAUGUAUGUAAUAUCAAAAAAUUAAUGUAAACAAUUUAAGUGUUUAUAUAUAAGAAAAGGAAGCUGACCAAAAUUCAAGGUAUUUCCCUGCUGCUCAUUCCCAAGAUGCACAAACAUUGCACAUACGAACUCUAGGAUAAACCAAUUGACAUAUACAUAUACAUAGAGAAAACCGUAGGUUAUGAAUUUGAAUUCCAACAUCAUUGUCAUUCCACUCCCGCUUAUUAAAAUGUCGGGUACCAGACAAAUUAUCUAACUUUUAAAUUGUCCCCUUCUUUUCCCUUUCAACUCAAAUAAAUGUACCAUAUUAAAUGAAACUAAGUCAGUAUAUUAGAAGUAAGAAAUCGUUUCCAAAUCGUUUUUGUGUGAGGUUUAAUAGACAUUAGACGGUUUCUUGAUCGAUAACGAAGGACUUGCUAGAAAAUAACAUUCGUUUGCUUCUUCAAUCGGGCGGGUCCUAGACAGUCUAAUGCCAACGAUAUAAUUAUAUUUAUACGGAAUACAGGUAGAGGAGCGUAGUCCCAAAAAGUAAUGGGCAAACGAAUUGUUUGAUUUGAUCAAUUUGCAAAACUAGUCGUAAUCAUACUAAGCCAGGAGUUAUGCAAGCAAUUAGUCGGAGCUUCACUUAGACGAAAGCCAAAGAUACCCAAAUAGACACUACAAAUUGUAAUGAUUUGACUUAGUUCGACUUUUAUUUAGAUAACUUCCCCCUCACUUCUGAUGACAAAGUGAUGGCGAAAACCUUUUUGAAAACGGUUCUUGUUCCGCUUUUGGUUGUAAUCGAUCUCAGACCUGAAAACUAUAAUGUGUUCACCGGAUGCUCAAAAUAGCUAUAAACCGAAAUGCAUAAAUUAUACAAUUUGUUGUUUGAGUUCGGAUAUUGUAUGUUUAACGAAGACUCGACUCUGUUAUCAAAUGCUCAAAGCGUGUACUGACCACAACGCAAUCGUGUCCCCCAAAAUCGGGGGAGUAACUUAGCAAACUGAAAUUACAAGUAUUACAGAAAUUACUCAAUAGUAUUAAAUAAUGAAAUCAAACGUUUUUCAAUAUACUUAUUAGAGAGUCAUUUAUCAAAAUUUAAUUUCAACAGCAAAACCAAAACAACAUAUGUACAUCACGGCUAAGUACGAAUUUUUAUUCAAUAAGCUAUAUUUACUGCUAAACGAAGUCUCAAGAAACCAAAAAUAAAAUACUUGAUAAUAGUAGUUUAAAAUUACAAAAUAUAAAAAAAUACAUUAAAAUUAAUUAGUGUGCGAUAGUUAAAACAAAUUUACCAAAUCGAAAAACCAAACCGUUUCAAAAAUUAUUCAACACAAUUGCUGUCGAUGCGGCAUACUGAUUUACUUCAAUCGGUAACGACGGCCAUCGUUUUUCAAAAACGAUAUCGAGAUUUGUAUGAAUAAUUGCUUAAACAACAAAAUAUUACGAGUAUCAAUGUGUUAUUGAACAAACAUCGUAUUGUAACAAUUUAAAUUUAAUUGAACUACAAGUGGAAAAAUAAAUUGGUCUAUAAUGAAAACUAUACAGAGGUUUUUCUAUACUUUAAUGGUAACAUUAUAAUAGCCAAUGUGAAAAAAUGUGGGCUACUGCAAGGGUUUGUUUCUCAAUUUUCCGAAUUGAACACCCAUACCAACCUUCCCAAAAAUAAGAACUCAGUUUUUGAGGUUUUAAUUGUAAAAAAUGCAAUACAAUUUGUUACGUGUUUUUUUCGUUUCGUUUUUCUUUUGUAUUUAAAUCAUAAAAACAAUUUUACGAUGUAUCAGAUUUGCCUUUAGUUAAUAUAAUAAGUAAGGUAUAUCCUAUUAGUUGUUUUUUUAAUGCCUGAUUCUGCUAUAGACGCACAACACUCGCAAGCGAAACGCGUGUUUUCUUUUUAUAUACAUACUCGACAACAAAAUUCAAUAAAUUAAGUUAGGUAUGUAU